UUUUGUGUAGUCAUGUAGUCUAGUUUACAACCAAAUCGAAAUUGACAGAUUGGGUUCUGAACAUGGCCGAACGGGGAGCAUCUGGGUGGGAGAGACCUAAAACUGUUGAAAAUGCAGUGAUAUCGCGAUGGAUUGAGGUCAGGAAUGGCACAAGUUUUAACCAUGUCAUCGUCCAAUUUUUAAAAUGACAUCGACCAAUGCAUAACAGAACAUCGACCGAUGCAUAACAGAUCAGACAAGUGUUGCACAUGGUUGAAAAUGCCCUGCUCCAAUCCAUCCCUCCUGCUUGUCCUGCCGAGGGAGCGCUGCCUCCAUCGUGUCCGCAGGUUGCUAGUAGUAUUUUCCUCCUUGGGCCCUUAUCAACGUGUGCCGUCCGUGUUGAUGUCCUGCUGGUGUUUGCCUAUGACAGUGUGGCUGCGCCGUCUGUUGUGACCAUCAUUGCAGGGUGGACGAGGCAAUUCCGGGCUUCAUCAUUGGCUGGCGCAAGGCCACCGAGGUAGCCAGCACCUAGGGCUGCCUCAGCUGAGAGUGAAAAUGUCCGAGAGGUUGAGGUGCAGUUUCUCCAGGGACGACAAGAAGGCGCCUUUGGCUCUGACUCCGUCUCUGGCUGUCCUCAAGGGCAUGGGGCUCCAGUUGUCGCGGAGGCCAUGUGGCCUGGAGCUGGUGGACGAGCAGAUGGCCACGGAGUGCAUGAAGCUCUGGCUGAGGGCUGAGAACCCGGAGUGGAUCAUAUUGUGUGCGAUGUGCCUCAUCUUCGUUUGCUCCGUACGUCGACCAAACGAUGACCACAAGUCAUCGUCUGCAGAGCUGCUGCGGCUGAGAGCGAAAAUGGCCGAGAGGCUGAGGUGCAUCUUUUCCAAGGACGACAAGAAGGCGCCUUCAGCUCUGUCUCUCUCUCCGGCUGUCCUCAAGGGCAUCGGGCUCCGGCAGUCGUGGAGGCCAUGGGGCCUGGUGCUGGUCGACGACGACGAUGAGCACAUGUCCACGAGUCUCCGGUUGUUGUCGAGGGCUCUGAACCCGGAGUGGAUCCUGUGUUCUGUGGUAGGCCUCAUAUUCAUCCGCCCCCUACGAGAUCGACGUAACGAUGACCACGAGUCCGGCGGCCACACGCGCUGAACACCACCACGGCCUCCUGCUACUGCCUGCCUGAUUCGUGGAAAGCUUCGCAUGAGGUUAUGCAUUACUAGUUUACUACUAAAGAAAAACUAAAGAGGCGGCAGUUAGCAUGUAUCAGUAUUCAGUGCUAAGUUUAAGAUCUGUUAUAUAAAUAAGUUUUCUUGUAAUUGGGUCGAUGAGCUCCCUAGUUUCAUUUUGCAAACUCUCCUAGAUGA